CGGGGUCCAGCGGGCCGCCCGGCCGGGUCAGCGCGGCGGCGGCGGCGGCGGCGGCCGGGUUCGGCGGGGGCGCGGGCUGCGCGCGGGGGCGAAGACGAGGACCGGGAGGCGGCGGCGGCGGCGGCGGGACUGCGCGCCCCGAGUCCCGUUCCGCGUCCCCGCCGCCGGAGGAGGUGCCCGCACGCUCGCGGCGCGCGCCGGGCCGCCACACUCGGCCUGUGGGCGAUUUCCUCCGGACCCGAGCUCCCCGCCCGAGGAGGAAGAUGCAGACCUUUCUGAAAGGGAAGAGAGUUGGCUACUGGCUGAGCGAGAAGAAAAUCAAGAAGCUGAAUUUCCAGGCCUUCGCCGAGCUGUGCAGGAAGCGAGGGAUAGAAGUCGUGCAGCUGAACCUUAGCCGGCCAAUUGAGGAACAAGGCCCCCUGGACGUCAUCAUCCACAAGCUGACGGAUGUCAUCCUUGAAGCCGACCAGAAUGACAGCCAGUCCCUGGAGCUGGUACACAGGUUCCAGGAAUACAUCGAUGCGCACCCUGAGACCAUUGUCCUGGACCCCCUUCCUGCCAUCAGGACCCUGCUUGACCGCUCCAAGUCCUAUGAACUCAUCCGGAAGAUCGAGGCCUACAUGAAAGAUGACAGGAUCUGCUCGCCACCCUUCAUGGAGCUCACCAGCCUGUGCGGAGACGACACCAUGAGGCUCCUGGAGAAGAACGGCCUGGCAUUCCCCUUCAUUUGCAAAACCAGAGUGGCUCAUGGCACCAACUCUCAUGAGAUGGCCAUCGUGUUCAACCAGGAGGGCCUGAGUGCCAUCCAGCCACCCUGUGUGGUCCAGAACUUCAUCAACCACAACGCUGUUUUGUACAAGGUGUUUGUGGUGGGCGAGUCCUACACCGUGGUCCAGAGGCCCUCGCUGAAGAACUUCUCUGCCGGCACGUCAGGCUCCUCCCCAGGACCGUCUCUCGUGCCCCCCGUCUGGACUGGCUCUGGUCGGAGCGGCGGGAGGACUGUCGGGCACACCGGGGCGGCAAGGGGCCUGUGUGCCCCACUAGCGGGAAGGAUGCCAGACCGCGAGUCCAUCUUCUUCAACAGCCACAACGUGUCAAAGCCGGAGUCUUCAUCGGUCCUGACCGCGCUGGACAAGAUUGAGGGCGUGUUUGAGCGGCCGAGUGACGAGGUCAUCCGGGAGCUGUCCCGGGCCCUUCGGCAGGCGCUGGGUGUGUCGCUGUUUGGGAUCGACAUCAUCAUCAAUAACCAGACGGGGCAGCACGCUGUUAUCGACAUCAACGCCUUCCCAGGCUAUGAGGGCGUCAGCGAGUUCUUCACAGACCUCCUGAACCACGUGGCCACCGUCCUGCAGGGCCAGAGUGCAGCCGCGGCAGCCGCGGGGGACGUGGCCCCACUGAGGCACAGCAGGCUCCUGGCAGAGCAGGCGGGCAGCCUGGCGGGCGAGCGGACGUGCAGCGCCAGCCCGGGCUGCUGCAGCAGCAUGAUGGGCCAGGACCCACCCUGGGCGUCGGAGGCUGAUGCGGGCGGCGUGGGCACGGGCAGCACCGCCAAGCUGCCCCACCAGAGACUCGGUUGCACCGUGGCGGUAUCUCCCAGCUUCCAGCAGCACUGCGUGGCCUCACUGGCCACUAAGGCCUCCUCCCAGUAGCCACGGAGCCCAGGACCUGGAGGGCGGCACGGGCCGCAGAGUGCACCUGCUGGGCAAGCAGCUCCCAGCAGUGACGCUCCUACUAAGAAUUCCCAGUGAUCUGAUUCUUUUUUUUGUUUUUUAAUUUUUAACCCGAUUUUCUGAUGUCAUGAUCUAAACGAGGGGUGGUGGGGCGGGGGAGAUGGAAGAGAACCCCAAGUGGCCCAGCCUCGGGGAAGAUGCCUGAUACCUGCUGUGCAGAUGUCUUCACUGGGUUUACACUUGCUGUGUCUUCAACACUAGGUCUGAAUGUGAGGUGGGGUGUGCGUGUGCACGUGUGGCUGCUGUGCGUGUGCACAUCCACGUCUGUUCGUCUCGAUGGCUGCUGUGGGCCAGGCCUUGGGGACCCUGGAGGGGGGCCGUCCCGGGUCAGGCUUUUGGCCACUGAACAGAGUGAGUGAGAGGUUCCUCAUCUCGCUUUCCUCCAAGCCCCUCGCACCCAGGCCCGGCCCCCUCACUGUUCCCCUCCUGCUGGUGGCCUCCACAGCUUUGU